GCCUCGCGAGGCAAAUCCUCGGUCGGUCAAGACGUGCCUCGCCCGAGGCAAACGCACGCGCUGCCUCGCCCGAGCGUGCCGCGGCCCGAGCCGAACGUUGUCGGUUUUUGUCGAUGUUCAAAGGCGCCUCAGUACGUUUGCCGCGCUCACUCAAGACGGUAGUGUUUUGCCUCGCUUAUUCGUUGCGUGUUAGUUGUGCGUCAUGGAUAAAGAACAGUGUCUUAAAUUAAUACGACUAUAUGGUGAAUAUAGACGACUUUGGGAUGCGCAAUGUCCUGAUUACACAAAUAGAGGACUAAGGGAAGAUGCAUGGAGAAAAAUAAGCCAGGAAAUGAACCUUCCAAUAGCUGAAUUAAAGAAAAAAAUGGACUCUUUACUAGGGUCUUACAGGAGGGAAAAGUCGAGAGGAAAAAAAAGCCGAAUCACAGGAUCAGGUCGUGGUGAAAUAUAUGUUUCGAAUUGGUAUGCCUAUGAAGCCUUCAGUUUUCUAGGAGAUAGAAAUCACCCAGGAAAUACACAAGAUACUUUAGGUGAAGAAAAUGCAAGUCUGGAUAAUACUCGAAAUGAUGACGGUUAUAACGAAGAAAAAAAUGAAACUUCAAACUCGACGACAACGGAAGGACCUAAACAAAAGUCAACUAGACCUAAAAAGAGAUCCAAAAUGAACGAAAGUGAUGAUCUUACUGAUAACGCCAUAUCUGAAGCAUUAACACUCUUACAACAGUGUGCAAGCGAUAAUAUAUCAGAAAAAAAUGAUCCCUAUAAUGUGUAUGGCCAAUAUAUAGGAAAUGAGUUGAGAAAGUAUGAUAAAAUUACAUUAGCAUACGUAAAAAAUGCAAUAAAUAAAAUUAUCUUUGAUGCAGACAUGGGAGCAUACAGUGGUUAUAGUUAUUAUACUCAAUCAUAUGGUGAACACGAUAAUUUAAGAUAUAUGUCUCAUCCCUCUUCCUCAUCGACGCCAUCUACAUAUUCGAUGCCUGCUGCCUCACCAAUGCCUUCUACCUCACCGAUGCCUCCUACUUCACCGAUGCCUCCUACUUCACCGAUGCCUCCUGCCUCAUCGAUGCCUUCUACUUCACCGAUGCCUGCUGCCUCACCAAUGCCUCCUAUCUCACCAAUUUCGAUGCCUCCCCCUCCUCCUUCUCCAGCUCCUCAUCAUUAAAUAUUUGUUUGUUUAAUUUUCUUAUAUUAUUUGUCCAAUUUUCUAAUCAGAUUAAUAAA